AUGUUUUUAAAUGGAUUUGAUCAUUUGAUUAAAGCUAAAAGUCAAAACUUUGAAAAUUUACGCAAAGAGAAUGUUAACAAAUUUUCGCUAGAAUGUAGAAAAGAAAUUGGAUGGUUAAGUAAUUAUUUAGAAAAAAUAAUUUCUUCAUACUCUCAUGAACAAAUCAUCAUCAGUCAGGAAGAGAAACAAGAAGUUAAACAAGAACAACCAUUAAUAGAAAAGAAUCAAACAAUCUCUGACAACAAUAUUCUAGAUAUAAAUUACAUUAAUUAUAAUGAAACACAGAAUAAGAAAAGAAAAUUUGUUGAUGAUGACCCCAAUAAAAAAAACAAAUUUAGUACAAACAUAGAAAAACCAAUUGAACAUGAUAAAGAAAAUGAGACUUGUUCAAAUAACAAAGGAUUAUCUCAACAAGAAAACAAGAUCCUUCCCGUAGAGGAGCAAAAUUUAACUUUUGAGGAAAAGAAAAAACCAGAGAUAAGAGAAGAAAAACCACGUGUGAUUUUACAUAAUUUAUUUGAGGAAUUAAGGAUGAUGUUGAAUAUGCAACAAGAAAGAACUCGCAAAGAUAUAGAUAAAACUAAAAGUCAAACAAUUGAAACCAAAAAUGCUCAACAUAAUGAAGAAAAAAUGCACCAUUAUGAAAACAAAAGAAAUCAAAUAAACCUAGCAGAAGGAAAACGUAUAGUAACGGAUAUGAAUGUGGGCUAUCCAAAUGAAGAGGAUCGCCGUGAUGCAAGUAAAUCACUAGUGUCAAUACCAGAUUGGUGUCAAAGUCCUGCGCUUAAAGCUUCUUUAAACAAGCAAGCUACUAUAGAUCCUGAAACUAUCUUUGGCAAGGUUCAACCACUUGACAUGCCAGCAAUUUUUAAAGAACGUGAAUAUAAAUUUAGGCAAAGGACAAGUUCUGGCAAUUGGUCAGGUGGUGAUGCUUUAACCGAAAAUGAGGAAUUAGAAUAUAAAAAACUUAUGGGUUACAUAUCAUGA